GUGUUGUUGUUGUUGUUGUUGUUGUUGUUGUUGUUGUUGCUGCUUGUUCCUCUAAAUCACGUAUGAUUGAAAUGCAGAUCACCACCAUAUGCUGCAAACUUUCUACUGGGACAAUUGCAAGCAACGUGCAAGAGAUUCAAAAUGGGCAACCCAGAAAAUAAGAACAUAGUACUCAAAUAAGGCAAGUAAUUAAAUUUGUGUAUUUUUUGUAUGCACGCCAACUGUUUGUUGAUUUGCCUCACUGAGAUUUGUGCAACAUCAAUAAAAAAAAUGAAGGAAGUCCAAUUAUUUGAAAAGUCAUCAACUUAAAAUAAACCAUAGAGAAAAUUUGAAAACAAUACUAGUGUGACACGAAGACUGUAAACUUUGCUUCUUAAGAAAGAGUUCAUAGUUGCUUCAAUUAGAUUAGACUUUUAUUGAGGAAAGACCAAAAUUUUGGGUGUUAUCUUAAAUUAAGUAAGGCAUAAAAAAAGCUCCAAAUAUUCUACCCUCUGAAAGUUGAUUGCUUUCUACUUGAUAUCAUGGCUUAUGUCCACACCCUUGUGCUCUUGUUCUCUUGGUUUUGGGUCUUUGAGCAAUUUGGUUCCGCUCAAGGAGAUAUUACAGCUACUCAAUUUCUUAGAGAUUCAGAAACACUGAAGUCUAGUAGAGGUUAUUUCAAGCUAGGAUUUUUCAGCACUGUUAACUCAACGAAUCGCUAUGUUGGAAUUUUAUGGGUAGCCAACAGGGAAAACCCACUGAGUGAUUCUUCAGGGGUGCUUAAGAUAUCUAGGGAUGGAAAUCUUCAGCUUUUGGAUGGACAUAACAAGAGUAUUUGGUCAUCAAAGAUAAUAGAUAAUGCAGUAAAUGCUUCUGCUGCUCAGCUUUUGGAUACUGGGAACCUUGUUUUACUCUCAAAUGCCACUGGGGAUAUCAUCUGGCAGAGUUUUGACCAUCCUUUAAACUCGAUGUUGCCACUUAUGAAGCUAACCGUUGAUGAGAAGACAAAGACAAGGUCACUGCUUUCGUCUUGGAAGAGUGCUUCAGAUCCAUCAACUGGACGUUUCACUGCUGGUAUUAAUAGCAAGCUUACUGAAAUUUUCAUCUGGGAUGGUGACCGCCCUUAUUGGCGAUCAGGCCCUUGGGAUGGUCAUGUGUUUAUUGGAGUACGGUCUAUGUAUUACUUGGCACCAGUUAAAGGAUUUCAUUUUGAAGAUGACAAUGAAGGCACAAUUAGCUUAUCAUUUUCUUCUAUGAAUGAUAAAGUUACGCAACACUAUGUAUUAACUCAUGAUGGUGUGGUUCUACAAAAAGAUUGGAAAGAUGGUAAAGGUGAUUGGAAAAUGUUAUGGCACACCCUAGAAUCUGAGACUGAGUGUGAUAUAUAUGGAAAGUGUGGAAAAUUUGGGAGCUGCAAUUUACGUCGUUCACCAAUUUGUAGCUGCUUGAAGGGCUUUGAACCAAGAAAUCACGAAGAAUGGAGUGCAGGGAAUUGGAUUAGUGGGUGUGUUCGAAGAACACAAUUGCAGUGUGGUACGAUAGGAGGGGAAGAAGAUGGGUUUUUGAGGUUAAGGAAUAUGAAAGUGCCAGACAAUGCUGAGUGGUUGCUUUCAGAUGAUGAACAGAAUUGCAGAAGACUGUGCCUAAAGAAUUGUUUGUGCUCAUCUUAUGCUUAUUAUUUGGGUUUUGGGUGUAUGAUCUGGAAUGGAAGCUUGAUUGACAUACAGGAUUUCUCCCCUGUUGGUGUUGAUCUUUUCAUUCGAUUGGCUCAUUCAGAACUAGGUGACAACAGGAAACAGAAAGUAAUUAUUGCAGUCAUAGUGAUUAUGGGUACUUCUACGCUAGCCAUAUUCCUAUACUGUUUAUGGAGGUGGAUGGAUCAACGAUAUGGGAAGACAUCAACAAACAAUGAAGCAAAAUGGAAAUAUUACAGGGUCGGGGCUGGAAUAAGUCAUAAUGGUUACCAUGAUUUACCUUUGUUUAAAUUCAAAGAGUUGAUAGCUGCAACUAGCAGCUUUUCUGAAAACAACAAGCUAGGUCGAGGUGGAUUUGGUCUGGUGUACAAGGGAAUUCUGGAAGAUGGACAAGAGAUAGCUGUGAAAAGACUCUCUACAGAAUCUAUGCAAGGCCCACAAGAAUUUAUGAAUGAAGUGGUUGUAAUCUCGAAACUUCAACACAGAAAUCUUGUCAGAUUGUUGGGCUGCUGUGUAGAAGGAGAAGAGAAACUACUGGUUUAUGAAUACAUGCCAAAUAAGAGUUUGGAUGCUUUCCUCUUUGAUCUCUCAAAUCGGGAACAUUUGGACUGGUUGAAGCGCUUCAAGAUAAUCAAAGGGAUAUGUAAAGGUCUCCUUUACCUUCAUAGAGAUUCUAGAUUAAGGAUUAUUCAUAGAGAUCUAAAAGCAAGCAACAUUUUAUUGGAUGUCAAUUUUAAUCCCAAGAUAUCUGACUUUGGGAUGGCAAGGAUUUUUGAAAGCAAUCAAGACCAAGGUGACACCCAAAGGAUUGUAGGCACCUAUGGCUAUAUGUCUCCAGAGUAUGCAAUGGAAGGCCGAUUCUCAGAGAAGUCAGAUGUGUUCAGCUUUGGGGUGCUGCUACUAGAGAUUGUAAGUGGAAGAAGGAACAAUAGCUUUACUGACGAGGAUACAUGGAACCUCUUAAGUCACGCAUGGAAAUUAUGGAAUGAGGAUGAUAUAUUGUCAUUGGUUGAUCCAACAAUUUCAGAGUCCACCUUCCAGUUAGAGAUCUUGAGGUGCAUACAAGUAGGACUAUUGUCUGUGCAAGAAUUUCCUGAAGAUAGACCAAGCAUUACCAUGGUUGUUUCCAUGAUAGAGAGUGCAGUAAUAGAGCUUCCUCGUCCAACACAACCUGGCUUUACAUUAAGAAGAAUUGUUUCUUUGAACGAAGCCCAACACAAUGGCCGUGAAUGUUUUUCAGUUAAUGGUGUUUCAAUUAGUUCCAUUGGUGGUCGCUGUUGUGAUAAGAAUCAACAUAAUUUAUUGGCUAAGUUUUCUGAUAAGAUGAUGCUUUGGCAAUUGUUGAUAGACCACUUUCAGGAUAUUAACAAGCUUGGGCAAGGUGGUCUUGGCGCAGUGAAGGAAAAACAGAAUAUGAACAAGAGCCCCAUUAACUCAACAUAUCGCUAUGUUGGAAUCUGGUAUACUAAGGAGGUUGCUAAACAAUUAAAAGUGGUAUGGGUAGCGAACAGAAAUAACCCUCUUAGUGAUUUUUCAGGGGUGCUUAAAAUUUCCGGAGAUGGAAAUCUUCAACUAUUGGAUGGAAAAAACAAAAGUAUAUGGUCACCAAACAUAUCAGGUGAUAAUAAGGUUAAUUCUUCUGUUGCUCAACUUCUGGAUUCUGGAAACUUAGUUUUAUCUUCUAGCGGGAAUAUCAUCUGGCAGAGUUUUGACCAUCCUACAGACUCAAUGUUGCAAAAUAUGUAUAUGUAUUUUGAUGAGAAUUCAACCAUAUCACCGCUUGUUACAUCUUGGAAGAGCGCUUCUGAUCCAUCAGAUGGACGGUUUACAGUUGGUAUUAAUCACCGUAGGCUUUAUGAAGUUUUCAUCUGGGAUGAUGUCCGUCCUUAUUGGCGCUCAGGACCUUGGAACGGUCAAGUGUUGAUGGGGAUACGAGCUAUGUACUAUUUUGCACAGGUUGAUGGAUUUAGUCUUGAAAAUGACAAUAAAGGCACAGCUAGCAUAUCAGUUUCUUCCACAACCAAAAGACUGACGAAAUACUAUGUACUUACUUAUGAUGGUAAUUUGUUAGAAAAAGAUUGGCAAGACGAUAAAAGGGAUUGGAAAAUUGAAUGGAGUUCCCUAGAAUCUGAAUGUGAUAAAUAUGGAAAGUGUGGAGAAUUUGGGAGUUGUAAUCCGAAUAGUUUGCCAAUCUGUAGUUUCUUGAGGGGCUUUGAGCCAAGGAAUGACCAAGAAUGGAGUGCAGGGAAUUGGAGUAGUGGAUGUGUUCGGAGAACACCUCUGCAAUGUGCGAAUAUAGGAGGGGAAGAUGAUGGGUUUUCAAGGUUAAGGAACGUUAAAGUGCCAGAUAAUGCCGAAUGGAGAAAAUCCUCAGUGAAAAUUAUGGCUUUUAUGCACAUGUUUGUUUUGUUUCUCUAUUUUAUUUCUCUCUUUGAGUUUGGUAUUGCUCGAAACAAUAUUACAACCACUCAGUUUCUUAGAGAUCCUGAAACAAUAGAGUCUAGUGAUGACACAUUCAAGUUUGGUUUUUUUAGCCCCAUUAACACGACGAAUCGUUAUGUUGGGAUAUGGUAUAGUAAUCAGGAGUCUGACAAGCUGGAAGUGGUAUGGGUAGCCAACAGGGAAAACCCAAUUAAUGAUUCCUCUGGGGUGUUCAAAAUAUCAGAAGAUGGAAAUCUUCAACUUUUGGAUGGGAAAAAUGAGGUGCUUUGGUCAUCAAAUGUAUCUCAACAGGAGAAUAAUUUAGUUGUUGAGCUUCUAGACACAGGAAACCUUGUCCUGCGCUCGAAUGCUGGUAAGCUCAUUUUCUGGCAGAGUUUUGAGCAUCCCACGGAUUCAUUUUUGCCACUAAUGAAAUUUACCAUUCCUGAUAGUGUGAGGAACAACCAAGACCUAUUUCAAUCAUGGAAGAGCCCUUCAGAUCCAUCCAGUGGUAAAUUCAUUGUUGGUAUUAACACUCUUGUUCCUCCUCAAGUUUUUCUAUGGAAUGAUGAUCAUCCUAAUUGGAGAAAUAGCCCGUGGAAUGGAAAUAUAUUCCUUGCAAAAGGUUCAGUUCUUAGCAUUUUAACUGACAACGAUGGAACAACAUACUUUGGAUAUCCUUCGGGGGACCAGUCAACUCAACAACACUUUGUUGUGAAUUAUGAUGGAAGUCUUGUCCAGAAAGAAUGGAAUACAGGCAGUAGAAAGUGGGAAGUUAUAUGGAGUGCUCAAGAGUUUGACUGUAAUAUUUAUGGAAAGUGUGGAGCAUUUGGGAUUUGUAACUCAACAAAUUCACUAAUAUGUGGUUGCUUGAAAGGCUUUGUGCCGAAAAACUAUGAAGAAUGGAGCAAAGGAAAUUGGACGGAUGGUUGUGUUCGGAGAACUUCACUGUUGUGUGAGACUAAAGGAGACAGAGCAGAUGUGUUUUGGAAGUUGAGAAAUGUGAAAGUACCAGAUAAUGCUGAGUGGUUUUCUGCAAAUGGAGAAGAUGAUUGUAGGAGUCAGUGCUUAGGAAAGUGUUCAUGUAAUGCUUAUUCUUAUUUUUCAAGUAUUGGGUGUAUGAUCUGGAAUGGCAGCUUAAUUGACACAAAUAAUUUAUUUAAUCAGGGCAUGGAUCUUUCCCUUCGCUUGGCUUAUUCAGAAUUAGGUAAAACUAAUCAGCAGAAGCAACAACCUCAGCAAGGUAAAACUAGAAAAAGGAAAAUUAUUCUUUUAGUGAUGGUUAUUAUUGGAAUAACUACGGCUGCUGUCAUCAUGUACUGUGUAUGGAGGUGGAUGUGUCAAAGAAAUGGAGUAAUGAGAAUUACAAACAAGGAGACGUUAUUGCAAAACUUUAUGUCAAAAGGCAGAACUAGUAAAGCUGAAGUUGGAGAUUUACCAGUGUUUGGAUUGAAAAAGUUGGCAAUUGCGACAGACAAUUUUCAGGAUAGUAACAAGCUUGGGCGAGGUGGUUUUGGCACCGUAUACAAGGGAAAAUUUGAAGAUGGACAGGAGAUAGCGGUCAAAAGACUUUCAAAAGCAUCUGGGCAAGGACUCGAGGAGUUUAUGACAGAAGUGUUGGUUAUUUCAAAACUUCAGCACAGAAAUCUUGUCAAGCUGCUGGGGUGCUGUGUUGAAGGAGAAGAAAAAAUGCUGGUGUACGAAUUAAUGCCUAAUAAGAGUUUGGAUGCACUUCUCUUUGAUCCAACAUAUCAGAAGAUUCUGGACUGGGAGAAGCGAUUGAACAUCAUCCUUGGCAUAUGCCGAGGACUUCUUUACCUUCAUCGAGAUUCUAGAUUAAGGAUUAUUCACAGGGAUCUUAAAGCAAGCAACAUAUUGUUGGAUGGCAAUCUCAAUCCCAAAAUAUCAGACUUUGGCAUGGCAAGGAUAUUUGGAGGCAACCAAGACCAAGGCGAUACCAACAGGAUUGUUGGCACCUAUGGUUAUAUGUCUCCAGAGUAUGCAAUGGAAGGCCGGUUUUCAGAAAAGUCAGAUGUAUUCAGCUUUGGGGUGCUACUACUGGAGGUUUUAAGUGGAAGAAGGAACAGUAGCUUCAAGGUUGAGGACUGCUUGAGCCUCUUAGGUCAUGCAUGGAAAUUGUGGAAUGAGGACAAUAUUUUGUCAUUGAUUGAUCCAACAAUAUCAGAAAAUUCAGAAUCUACCCGCCAUGCAGAGAUUUUGAAGUGCAUACAACUAGGACUUCUAUGUGUGCAAGAAGUUCCUGAAGAUAGACCGAGCGUUUCCAUGGUUAUUUCGAUGAUUGAGAGUCAGGUCACAGAUCUUCCUCAUCCAACUCAACCUGGGUUUACACAAAGAAGGAUUGCUUCUCAUAAUGAACCCCAACAAAACGCUCAUGUAUAUUGUUCUGUUGACCAUGCUUCGAUUACUAUCUUAAGUGGUCGUUGACUGCAGUUUGGGGCACUGGAGCAGCGAGUCGUGUAUGCUCUGAUUACUGCCCAGUCAUAUAGUAAUUAGUUUUGCAAAAGUUAUUGACAGUAAAACUUUUCUGUCAUUGUUUAUAUGCGAUUGCAACUCUUUAUACAAGUAUUGCUUAUCAAUAUCAUGUAUACAAGCAGUUCCUGUAUAGCAGUAUAAUGAACACUGCACACUCACAGUAGGGUCCCAUACAACAAGUACGCUAUGUGGCUAUGCUACUCCUACAACUCACAAAAAUAUACACCCUUUUUUUUUUUUUUUUUUUUUUAUUUUUAUAGUGACAUGACAUACAAGUCGAGGCAAAACUUUGACUAAUAAUAUCUUCAAUAAUCUAUAAAUAUAAAUUAUAACAAUUGAAUAUAAUCCUCUCAUUAAGAGUAAUAUUCAGGUUUGGAGUGAUCUUUGGGUGCCGGGGACUCAGUCUCGUUUGAUCAUAUCUCCUAGGGGCAAAGCGGACACGGAGAUGAAGGUGAAUGCUUUAAUUGAUUAUGCUAGUAGCAGUUGGAAUGCUGAUUUGGUGACACAAUAUUUUCUCCCAUUUGAGCGUGACUGAGUACUAAGCAUCCCAAUUACUGAG